AUGGACGAUAAUGAGAGCAGUAAUGGGCUUAUCCCUGGAGCCGUCUCUGGGUCCAUCGGUCAAUUUUCCUUCGCCCCUGCGACGCAAACCACCGUAGUAACCACCACCACGACUACCACCACGACCUUCCCGCCGUUAUUUAUCAAACCACCGCGCGCGAUUCGAGAGCUUGACCCUAAGGUGUACCCUUUGGCGUCCUCCCCUACACCCUCGACAUUAAGAAACAUUAAGUUCGAGCUUGGAGGAAAGCCAGUGGUUUUUAGCGAACCUGAUGAUACCGCGGGGACUCUCGCAGAGAUUAAUGAAAAAAAUGAGGCUUUGAAAGCUUCAAAUGGCGUAGUUCGAUCAGUGACCUCUUUUACAUCCGAAGACCAGCCGCCCCGUCGGUUUCCCGCGUCCAGAGUCUCAAACCAUCCAUCUCCCAUCCCAACGAGCUCAAAGCGCCGCCCGUUAUCGAUCACAGAAACUUACCAAGGUAGCUUGAGAACGCAUUCGAAUCGGGUCCCCUCAGAACCUCUUGUCCGCUCAUUUCGUUCGCAUGGCUCAACACCCAGGAUCGCUGGUUUGGCGACCCCCGAGACUGAAGGCAACAACAGCUUCAGCUCCCAAGACAGUAUUGCAUCGAGGAGAAGGAUUCACAGUUCAAAUUUCCCGAGGAAGGAAACUCUACUCCGAUCUCCGUUGUCAUCUGAAGUUGAGUCUCAGGGAGACCUCUCCGUCCUGCAUUCGAGGAAAGAACCAACACGUACGAAAACGAUCGUUUCGGAGCGAAGCAGACAUUCUGGACGUCCAUCUGAAACUGAGACAUCGCACGAGGCGGAAAACUUUCCUACACAACAAGAGCCUAGCGCAGCUUCCACAAGCCAGGACACUGAGUACAUCAGGGAUAACUUCUCUCAACAUCGGUCCAUAGAUUCGGCUUCACAGCUGACGCUGAUUGAUAAUGUUGUUGCUCAAGAUAUGUGCUUGCCUAGUCCCAGUUUGUCGCCGGUGGCUGCCAUGAAUGCGCUGCACGCCGAUUCUUCGUUCGACUCUGCAGAAGAUCCUGAAGAUGAGACCGAUUCCAGUCUUGAACAUAAUGACCCUCAGACUACUGAUCAUUCUCGUAAAAGGGUCUUCAGUGCCCCGGCUCCUUCGGUUGCCGAGUCUAUUGCUGGUGCUUUCUCUUCAAAACUAAACAUCCCCCGAGCUUCUUCUUUGAUGGAUGUGCCGAAUAUCGUGGACUUUUUUGACUCGGUACCGGAAGAGAUGAAGACGUACCUGAUGUACCAACUGCUCAAACGUUGCCCGAAACCGACUCUGCACUUUGUCGCUGACGUUGUUAACCCGGCCCUCAAAUGCGACUUUCUCACCCUUCUUCCUCUCGAAUUGAGUCUCAACAUUGUCAAGUUCUUCGACGCACAAACCAUGUGCCGUGCUGCUCAAGUGUCGAAAAAGUGGAGGCAUAUCAUCAACUCGGACGAGAAAUCCUGGAAAGACCUUUUUGAACGGGAUGGUUUUGUGCUUCCAGAGGGAGAGUUGCAGCGGGCAAUCAGGGAAGGUUGGGGAUGGCAGUUUCCAAACGGAGUUGAAGACUACGAAAAAGAUCUUAGUCUCUCAACUUUCAUCAAACAAGACCCAGAAUCCGGCUCUGCUACUUCGCCGCUGGCUGGCCCAAGCGAUAGAUCGUCAUCUGUUAAUCGCCGCCCGAAAAGGAAGGCUUGUUCCCGGGCUUCUAGCAGAAAAUUCUCCAAGCGCAAGAUCUCAUCUAGCGGCACCGACCAGUCUGACUCUUCUGACUGGAAGAAAGAGGUCUCGCUUACGGAGGGGCCGUAUGCUGCUGCCAAUGCCGCCGCUGCUGCCGUUCCAUAUCCAGACAUUGGUCUGCCGUCUCUUCGAGGACUCCAUCUCUACAAAUCUUUGUAUCAGCGGCAUUCUUCCAUCCGUAAGGGCUGGAUGAAACCGGGCGUCAAGCCAAGGCACCUUGCUUUCCGUGCUCAUGACCGCCAUGUAGUUACGUGUCUUCAAUUCGAUACUAACAAGAUCUUGACGGGUAGCGACGACACAAAUAUCAACGUUUAUGACACAAAGACUGGUGUUCUAGAGGCGACUCUCGAAGGCCAUGAGGGCGGGGUGUGGGCUCUUGAGUACUAUGGGAACACUCUCGUUUCGGGAUCAACCGAUAGGUCCGUCCGUGUUUGGGACAUUGAGAGGAAGCGGUGUACACAAAUCUUCCAUGGCCAUACCUCGACCGUUCGUUGUCUUCAAAUCGUGCUUCCGGUUGAAGUCGGGAAGAAAUCGGAUGGCACUCCGGAAAUGAUGCCGAAGGAACCAUUGAUCAUCACCGGAUCGCGAGAUUCCAAUCUGAGGGUGUGGAAGCUUCCUAAACCUGGCGAUCCCGGUUACUACCAAAGUGGUCCUCAUGUUGACGACACUGACUGUCCUUAUUUUGUCCGUGUUCUUACUGGCCACCAACAUUCUGUCCGCGCAAUUGCGGCUCAUGGAGACACCCUGGUUAGCGGGAGCUACGACUGUACCGUACGAGUUUGGAAAAUUUCCACAGGAGAGACUCUGCACCGACUCUCGGGGCACUCACUCAAAGUGUACAGUGUGGUUCUUGACCACAAACGAAACCGUUGCAUCAGUGGAUCAAUGGACAAUAUGGUGAAGGUUUGGUCGCUUGAAACUGGCUCCAUUCUGUACAACUUGGAAGGCCAUACGUCUCUGGUUGGACUUCUCGACCUGAAGUGUGAUCGUCUGGUUUCCGCUGCCGCGGAUUCGACCCUGAGGAUCUGGGAUCCUGAGACUGGGCAGUGUAAGAGCAUGUUGAGCGCUCACACGGGUGCAAUCACUUGCUUCCAGCACGACGGCCAGAAGGUGAUAUCAGGAUCUGAUCGCACGCUGAAGAUGUGGGAUGUACGAACCGGAGAAUGUGUCCGAGAUCUUCUCACGAACCUUGGAGGGGUAUGGCAAGUUAAGUUCAAUGAUCGUCGAUGCGUUGCUGCCGUGCAACGUGACGGCAUGACUUACAUCGAGGUUCUGGACUUUGGUGCUUCUCGAGACGGUGUACCGGACGAUCAACUCGGCAGGCGGAUUGUCGUAAACCGAACAGGCCAGGAAGUCAGCGACACCGACGAGGAUUAUGAUCUUUCCGAUGCAUAG